AAACCCGAACCAAACCAACAAAUCACAAGUGUGGGAGUGGAGAGGGGUUGUUGACGUGAAUGGUAUAUGCAUUACAGUUUAGAAAAUUGAAAAUAUAAAUAAUUAAAAUAAUGUAAACUAUUAUGUGUUCAUUUAUAAGGUUUAUAUCACGUGAUAUAAUGUAGAGGACACCGGAAGUUGAAAAUAAAUUGUCUUUUUAAAUGUAAAACCAUAAGCCUAGAUUCUGUGGAUGAUUUUAGUUUAUGGUCUGAUACUGAGAAUUAUGUAAACAUUCAGUUUUCAUUUAUCAUCUUGCGUAAUGCAAUUAAUUUGUUGUGUGUUACUCCAUGGUAUCGACAUCAUCUAUGCGUCUUUGGGAAUCUAAUGAAAUUGUCUAAUCGGGCAAUUCUGGAUUCCUGAAAUGGGGGAAGCUUUACGCCAAAGUAGUUCUUUGUUUGAACUGAAUGUAACAAUUGUGUCUGCCAAGUUGAAUUCAUCAGGCAUUCUCUUUAAACCAAGCCCUUAUGUAGAACUAAGUGUUGAUGGUGGUGUACCUGUCAAAACAGAGUAUAAUAAGAACACUUGUAAUCCUAAAUGGGAUGAACAAUUUCCUAUAUUAGUGACUCCUUAUUCUAAACUACAUUUUCGUGUUCUCAAUCAUAAUUCAUUAAUGAAAGAUGGACUUCUAGGGGAAGGCUCUAUUGACCUUUAUAAAGUUCUAGUGAAACACGAUGGGAAAUUGGAGAAGCUACCUUGCCCUGUUGAAUUAAAUGUAAAUGGUAAAACGGGUCGUUCCCAAAGUCAUUUGGUAACAGUACUUGAUGCUUUACAUAUUGAUUUGACAAGAUUUCCUCUAAGAAGUCAUUCAGAAAACUCUGUUGGUGAUGCUAACCAUGUUGAUGAUAUUCACUGCAGUAUUAGUUUUCGACAAAGCAACAGAACUCAAAGACUAUCUACAGAUGACCAGUCUUCAUCCUUCCCUGCCAAUAAUGUUGGAGGUGGUGCUCGUAUGAGAUCUCGUCGAAGUAAUCAUAAUGCAGCCUCACCAAGUGGCACUGUUUCGCCAGCUAAUGGGCUGUCCCCAAAUAGUGGAGUACGUCGAUUGCAGAAUGAUAAUAGGCACCAAUCCCUCCCUGCUAUUGUUAACGAUUCAACAAUAUCUCCUUCAGUUGUUUCUCCAGAUACUCAGGGUUUGUCAGCGCUUUCCAUCUCUGUCAAUAGCAACAUUCCUGCUACUAGACCUUCAACUUCUAUUGGAGCUGCUACUGUGAAUGGAGCUUUACCAACUGCAUCUAAUGCAAAUGCUACUAGUCAACCACCUUCAAUUGCACAACCACAAGCAGCAUCUGGGAGAUCUGCUAACCAAAGGUCAAAUGCUGAAGAAGAACCACUACCAACUGGGUGGGAAGUGAGAUUUGAUCAGUAUGGCCGAAAAUACUAUGUUGAUCAUAACACAAAAAGCACUACUUGGGAAAGACCACAGCCUUUACCUCUUGGUUGGGAAAUGCGGAGAGACAAUAGGGGAAGGGUGUACUAUGUAGACCACAACACUAGAACGACUACUUGGCAGCGACCUACUGCUGAAAGUGUUAGAAACUAUCAGCAUUGGCAAUCUCAUCAAGCUCAAGCUAUGCAACAGUGUCAACAAAGGUUCCUUUAUCAUACUCCAGUGCAAGUAGAAGAUGAUGAUCCUCUUGGACCUUUGCCAGAAGGAUGGGAAAAAAGAGUGGAUCCCAAUGGAAGGGUGUACUUUGUUAAUCACAAGAAUAAAACUACUCAGUGGGAAGAUCCCAGAACUCAAGGAUUGGAGGAUCCUUUACCACCUGGUUGGGAAAUUAAAAGAACUGCAGAAGGUUUGAAGUAUUUUGUUGAUCAUAACACAAAAACUACCACUUUUAAUGAUCCAAGACAGCCUUAUGCUGCUAAAGGUCCAAAGGGAGCUUAUGGAGUGCCUGUAGCCUAUGAAAGAAAUUUUAAAUGGAAACUCACACAGUUCCGAUACUUGUGCCACUGUAAUGCCUUACCAAGUCACAUCAAAAUCACAGUUUCAAGACAAAACAUUUUUGAAGAUUCCUUUUCUCAAAUUAUGAGAGUUCCUCCUCAUGAAUUAAGAAGACGUCUCUUCAUUACAUUCAGAGGAGAAGAAGGAUUAGAUUAUGGUGGAAUUGCCAGAGAAUGGUUUUUCCUCUUGUCACAUGAAGUCCUAAACCCUAUGUAUUGUCUAUUUGAAUAUGCAGGAAAAAACAACUAUAGUCUUCAAAUUAAUCCAGCUUCAUCUGUUAAUCCUGAUCAUCUUUUGUAUUUUAGAUUUAUAGGUAGAUUCAUUGCAAUGGCAUUGUUUCACGGAAAGUUUAUUUACAGUGGAUUUACAUUACCAUUUUAUAAACGAAUGUUAGGUAAAAAAUUAACGAUGAAAGAUAUUGAAUCCAUAGAUCCUGAAUUCUACAACUCUCUUGUUUGGAUAAAGGAAAACAAUAUAGAAGAAUGUGGCUUAGAAUUGUAUUUCAGUGUAGAUUUUGAAAUUUUGGGACAGAUUCAAUCACAUGAACUAAAGCCAGGAGGUGGAGAAAUCAGAGUUAAUGAAGAAAACAAAGAUGAAUAUUUGAGACUCAUGACUGAUUGGCGAUUUUCAAGAGGUCAAGAAGAGCAAACUAAGUCAUUUCUAGAUGGUUUCAAUGAAGUAUUACCUUUGGAAUGGUUGCACUAUUUUGAUGAAAGAGAGCUUGAAUUAAUGCUAUGUGGCAUGCAAGAAAUUGAUAUUGAAGAUUGGCAACGAAAUACAAUUUAUAGGCAUUACACUAGGACUGGAAAGCAAAUCAUUUGGUUUUGGCAGUUUGUUAGAGAGAUGGAUAAUGAAAAACGUGCAAGAUUGUUACAAUUUGUUACUGGUACUUGUCGAGUACCGGUUGGUGGAUUUGCUGAAUUGAUGGGAAGCAAUGGUCCUCAAAGGUUCUGUAUAGAAAAAGUAGGCAAAGAAACGUGGCUUCCUCGAAGUCACACAUGCUUCAACAGAUUAGAUCUCCCUCCUUACAAGAGUUAUGAACAAUUGGUUGAAAAACUAACCUAUGCAAUUGAAGAAACUGAAGGUUUUGCCCAGGAGUAGAUAUCAUUCUCUCUCGAACAUUUACCUGAAAAGUCUUCCGAAUGAAAUGUGGAUCAUGAAUAUUCAACCAGGAAUGGUUAAAUUGAGGCACUGUGAAUUUUAGAGGCUUUAUUUUGACCUAUGUAUCAAAGAAAAAUUAUAUAAAAGGUGCCGUGCACUUUUGUUAAUAAAGCGUGUGGUGGACAUGAUAGAGAUAUAAUAUCAAAUAAAUUAUGGUAUUUAUUUAAAUACCAAAGAGUGAUAUUUUAUUAUAAUUGUAAUGCAAUAGAUCUUUUGUUGGAUUGACUAAAUAUGAUUUUUAUUUCUCCAAGGCACUGUUCACAAGCAAAGGCAACAAAAGAACAAAUUCGGGCUUGUUAUCACCUGUUAUUAACAUAUCUUUUAAUUUAUAUAUGAAAAGCAUUAAUAUAUUUAAUAACAUUCCAAAGCUACCGAUGAUAUAUUUGUUUAUUCAGACGAGGAUAUGUAAAAAAGAAAAUUAAAUUCUUUAAUGGAUUGUACAUGACAGUGACAACUUGUAUUAUUCUGUAAAAUUAUGUAAUAAAUAUAUUCUUUUUUCCUGUUA